GACUGAAGCAAAGAAGACCCACCCUCUAUCCGCAAAAGAUUUGAGUACAAUUGCGUGUAGCAUGGUUGCGCUAUCAACAUCUAGUCAUGCUGAUAGACAUGGAGGUGACGGUGCGGAUACAAUUCAGACCUGGCAUGCACUUGCAGAUGCAUACGGCGAGACUCUGUUAUGGAGACAUUAUUUGGUUGUAGCAGAAAAGUUCGUAUUCAACAUCAACAGCUAUGCUAGUAUAUUGCACUAUGACCUUAGCAUUACCGUGAAAGCGAUUGAUUUUUUCCUGUCUUGGAUAGUGUUAAUGAAAAAUGCAACUAUUAUAUUUUUCCUGUCUUGUUUCCACUGCUACUUUGUUGUUCGCAUGAAUUUUACCAGAAAAAGUCUAACAAAUGCAGGA